GGGUGUUGGGAUGGUUUGACCCACAAGGAACUGCGAAGACCAGAGAAAGACGAUAGGCCGACAAGGAAGGGCCGGAUACUAGUAUGGCAGGCGAGGCCAGUAGCUCCGAAGGCGGCCUUAGGAAGAUAGUAUCAUCCCUUGCACAAGCACUGAACAAAAACCAGGGCUACCUAGCGGACGCUAAGAAAAAGUUGACGUUCGAUGGGGCGAACAUCACGGAGUUCCUGAUCGAUUAUGAGAACCUAGUUGCGCUGUUGAAAUGGACCGAAGAAGAAAAAAUGGACCACCUGGGACAGCAUGUGUCACUGAGCCUAGGGCGGGACAUAAUGGCCAUUGUGGCCGCGAGCCGGUCUUGGAAAGAAACCCGGGAUGUGAUGAUGAGAAAAUAUCUGGCUGCAGAGAAGAUGACGAUGGAAGCCUAUUUAGCGGCAAUCCAGAGGAAGAACUUCGCGACUUACAACGACUUCCUACGGGAGUUUACUUUGGUAGCACUAAGGAUCCCCGGGGUUACGGACCGAAUAAUGAGGGGGAUGCGGCGGGCCGUUAUCAUGCUCAAUGGGCUAGAGAUAGCAGCCGUAGAAGCUGAGCCAGUGGUAGAUAUCAUCUGGGAUCAGCUUCGGGGCCGCGGGCCGCAGGUCAACUUCAUUUUGGAAAACGACAGACGUGAUAGGGUGAACGCGACUACUCGGCUAGGGACGGAUGGGAGGAGGAUUACCCGCGACACCGUGAUGGAGGAGGUUGUCGAAAGCUUCGUACCCCAGGAGGAACCUGAGGCCGGAGAACCAGAAAAAGUCUAUGGGAAGCCUAGGGAAGAGGAGCCUGCGGACAAGGUUACCGCUACCAAGAAGAAGUUUCGGUAUCAGAUUUCGAUCUUAACCUUGCCCGAGAUCGACGACACCCUUAGCAAGUUAUUAGGAACCAUGGUGUCCGUGUCGUUUCAGACCAUGUUGCAGGCUAGCCCUAGGUUGCUCAAAGGGCAUAGACAAUUGUUGACUCGGCGGUGGGUAGAGAUAGACGAGAACCCCGGAGCACCGGAAGAAAAAAGGGAGGAGGAAGCCCCGCAAGAGGUCGCUAACCUUCAGAGGAGUCGUGGGGAUUUACAGGAUCUUGAGAAAGCCUUUGCAGACAUCCAGUUGAGCCUGCCAGACCGAGAAGGUGGCGAAGUCAUGAGGGCACCUCCUAGGACAAAGCUCAGUUUCCAUGCGCUACCCGUAGGAAAAUUGAAAAUUCAGAUCGGAACUCAUCAUACCGACGCAUUAGUAGACGGGGGAGCGGAAAUCACUCUCAUAAGGAGAAAUUUCACUACAAUCACAGGCUGCACGGUAAAUAAGGAAGUGACGGGGAGCAUCCGGGGAGCCGGUGGGGAAAUUUCGUUCGCUGGGUAUGUCACGAAAUGUGCAGUCAAGGCAGGAGCCAGGGAGUCAAUCUGGUCGUUCCAAAGGAUGACUGUAAUGGAGGAAAUGGAUCACGAUAUAAUCCUCGGGAGACCGUGGUGCGCAAACGUGGAAAUGAUAGGCAUGCACUUGCACGAUGACACGCAUAUGGUAGACAUAGAAGAUCUUGUGACCGGCCGGGGUGAACUUCUCCGACUCCUCAGAACUGGAGGGGAACCGCCAAAGGGGAAGUUGGCAACGUGGUCGUCGUCGUUCGAAGAUAGCGCAGGAAAAGGGGCUUUCGCGCGGAUGGAAGGUAUGAGAGAAAGGGUGGAAAUCGUGAUUGAAGAGGCAUUCAACAAGAAAGAAUGGAUCAAGAUGGGCCUGCCCCAGAAGAAGAGGAUGCAGGAGGACGAAGUCUUAGGUGUUAUGGUAGCGGAAAAGGAGUCAGAAGUUGAACUCGGUGCCAGCCUGCCCAAACGGAAAGAAGUACGCAUGGACGUGCCGGAAGUCGCACUCGAGAUCCCCGAUUUAUUACAGCUCAUCAAGGCCCUCACAUACCACAAGUAUUCAACCACGAAUCGCAGAGGCAACAAGGGCAAUCCCGACCGUUCAUUUUUUAGGAGAAAGAUCCCGGAAGGAAGUGUUCAAAAGUACAAGCCGGUAGGAAAGAAAGCAAAGUCGGUUUCAAUCCUGCUAGAAACGUCAAAGGAGGAGGCUAUGGAGAAGGAGGAGGAAGUCCUUCGAGUGAUCCAGGAAAGGAGAGCGACGGAAGGACAUCGGAUACCAGAUGAGGUAGCAGAUACGAUGAAGAUAGGGGUAGACGGAUUCCUAACGGAAGAGGAAAACCGCCUGAUAAAAAAGACCUGCCAAGAGUUUCACCUGACAUUUGCCUUUAGUGAUCACCAAAAGGGGCGGCUGGACGCGAAGUUGAUUCCUCCGGUCAGAAUCCACACGGUAGAACAUGAGUGCUGUAAUGACAAGGGUCCGUCCUAUGAAUUUGGGAUAGCGGGGGAAGUGACAGACCUUCUUCGAGCAAAAAUGGACUCCUUUGUCGCAGAACCUAUGGCGUCGCCAUACGCAAACCGGUGGUUCGUCUUUCGAAAGCCCAAUAAGAUGCUAAGGUGGAUUCAGGAUCUACAAAAGUUGAAUGCGGUAACCAUCCGGGAUGCUGGCUCGCUACCUCAGGCUGAUUUAUUAGCAGAGUCGCAUGUCGGUCGGAGCAUUUACUCUCUGAUCGAUCUAUACUCAGGAUACGACCAGCUUCCAUUUGAUGUCCGGGACAGGCCGUACACCGCAAUGCAUACCCCCGUAGGACAGUUGCAGAUGCAGGUGACUCCUAUGGGCUUUACAAACGCGGUAGCUGAAGCGCAACGAAAAAUGCUCGCCGUAGUUGGGGACAUGUUCCCAGAGAAGUGUGAACCCUACAUCGACGACAACCUGAUCAAAGGCGCGCAGGAGAAAGACGAGACGAAAGUCCAGCCAGGAAUCCGAAAGAUUGUUGAACCUAUCUGGGCUAUGAUCAGAGAAGAAGGGACCAUGGACUGGACGGAGGAGCGAGAAGAAGCCGUUCAGACCCUCAAGGACAUUCUGACAUCGGAACAGGUCGCCAUGUCGGCACCCUGCUUUAAUGAUGAAGUAGGACGACCAUUCAUCCUGGAAACGGAUGAAGGACCCUUGACCGUAGGAGGCGUACUGGUUCAAGGGAUGAGGAGGGAAAAGAGAGGCCGAUUAGGUUCGAGAACCCUAAACUCCGCAGAGCGGCGAUACUCACAAUUCAAGAAGGAGGUCCUAGCCAUCUUGCAUUGUCUUAAGACCUUCCAGGCCUACCUAUUUGGAAGGCGGUUCAUCCUUAGGAUCGAUCCGACAAAUGUUGCGGGGGCCCUAAAGAAUUACAGGCCUAUAGAUCCGACGGUGGGGAGAUGGGUAGGAUUUAUCCGACAGUUCGAUUACAAUAUCGAACGGAUUGCGGGAAUCAGAAACAAGGCCGAUGGGUUGAGCCGGGUUUGCAUCACCCCAGAAGGGGUGGAAGAGGCGGAGCCCAUAGACGCGUUCCUUGAAUUCGAGGGAGGAACCCUUGCGGUGGACAACGAAAUGAUGGACGAAGAUUGCGCGUCGGGAGAACUGUUGAUCCGGACUUUGGAGAAGGGGGCGCCUGCCAUAAUAGCACAACUUAGAGAAGGACCCGUCACCGCUCGAGGACGUAAAGAGGAGAGAGAUUCAUGGGGAGCAAUAGUAGGACCGAAGGAGGAGCUAAUAGCAAUGACGGUUGAGGGAGGCCGGGAAGCCGUGAUGAGCUUAGUGGAAUCUUGGGAGAAGAAAGAGUUGCAAUGGAUGGUAAACCAGAUGCAGGAGAGAAAGGAUAAGGACCACGAAGGAAAGGAGUUUUUCUAUGCCCAGACAUACGAAGGGAUCUUUCGGGAGAUCGGGUUGUUGUUGGUAGGAAACAAGCAACCCACGGAAGUCAGCACUAAGGCAAGGGAGGAGGCCGAAAGGUACGUCCUAAGGGGCGGCCAUCUGUUCCGAACAGAAGAAGGUGCUAUGCCUAGAAGAGUUGUGUGCGGAAGAUCUAGGCAGUUAGACGUUAUCCAAACAAUGCAUGACGGACUAGCAGGAGGACAUCGGUCGUCCAAAGGAACUCUUGCAAAGAUAGCGCCGCUUUAUUAUUGGCCAGGCAUGGCAGGCAUGGUCGCCAUAUACUGCCAGACAUGCCUUAUCUGCCAGGAGCGAAGCUCGGCACGAGUCUUCGAGCCGCUUAGACCUACGCGGGUGCUAGGGCCGGGACAUCUGGUCCACCUUGACCUUGCGGUCAUGCCUGUAUCAACAGAUGGGUACAGGUAUAUUCUGGAUGCGCGAGACAACUUGAGUGGGUUCGUGGAGGCGGUCGCUCUCAAGAAAAAGACAGGGAGAAGUGUAGCGGACUGGAUAAAAGACUUCUACUUAAGGCAUCCUUUCGUCAGGAGGUUUAUAACGGACAAUGGGACAUAAUUUGUGAACCAAGAAGUAUCGGGAAUGCUUAAGAGACU